UUUUUAUUUUAUUUAUUGUCUAGAGUCACGAUGGAAGAGGCAGAACUUUUAAAGGAAAGACUUCAAGCCAUUACGAAUAAACGGAAAGUCCAGGAGAAUAUUGCUUUAAAAAGGCUGGAAAUCGACAAGGAAAAACUGAAACUUCAGCAGCUGAAGAAAAAAUCAGCAAGAGAUCUAUGGCUUAUGGGUGGCACGAGUGCUGGAGCUGCCCAAAAGGAGCAGAAAGCUCAAGACGUUACCCAGCAGACCAGAGCACUACAGAGCAACAUUCAUCGGAUAGAAAAAGAAAUUGAAGCUUUGGAAAGGGAAGAGCUCAACAUCUCCACAAAUGAAGGGCUCAUCCUGAACAGGCUGAAAGCCAUUGAGAAGUCCACAGAGGACAUUAUUAAGGCAGCAAAUGAAAAUUUCAAGUCAGAACCUCUUCAUGUUUGUUCGGGAAUUUUGGAUACUCAAAAAUCUCAUACACCUUUAAACAGAAGGAAACAGCCAAAUGUGGAUCCAGGAACUAAAAGUGAUCAAAAGAAACCUGCUUUAUUCGCCAUGGAGAUCAACGUGCAGAAGGACCUGCGCACUGGCGAGAGCCGUGUCCUCUCCACAUGCACAGUCCCGGCCCCGGAAUUAAAGCAGCAUGGCAUCAAGGUGUACGAUGAUGGUCGUAAGUCUGUUUAUGCCUUGCAUACUGCUAUGGAUCAACCAGAAUCCAAUGGAGUGGAUGAGCUCAGCUCUAAAGAGGUGGAGGAGCUUCUCAAACAGGCCACAGAGAAAAGGAAAAAAUCUCACCCUCAAAAUGAGCCUCUGUGUAGCGAGAACUACCAGAAUAGCCCCUGCUCAGAACUUUAUAACAUGGAUCUAAGUGAAUGGCCAGAGCUAGAGUAUAGUCACAGUGGUGUUCACUAUCCCUACCAAGAAAUUCAUGGACCUGAUUACAUGUUCCAUCAUUACAGUGACCAACAUGACUAUUAUCAUGACAACAAUGAUAAAAGCUAUGAUAUAUAUGGAAGGAAAGCGAGAAGUUACCCACAGCAGUUUUACGACCCCCAAGUGAUACAAAGAACACAUCAAAGUCAGCAUGUGGACUCUGUUGUGAAUCAUAUAUCUCCUUUGUCCAAUAGAGAUGACCCUAAACUUAGUGUCCUUAACGCGUUGCCUUCAAAUGAACCUGUCACCAUGAUCUUCAUGGGAUUUCAGAAAGCUGAAGAAGAUGCACAGAGCUACGAUGGUUCCAUUCAGGCAGAACUUGUGAUCAUAGGAGAUGGUGAAGAAGAAGCCCUAACCAGUGCACCUUCAUUACAAAAAAGACAAAUUAAUUUACUCAAGAACUGCAAUACCAACAAUGCAUACACUCAUCUGCCAUGUGAGGACUCAUCUACAGCUUCUCUGAACAGCCAAACGGUGUAGCAAGUGGCAGAUGAUGGAACUCAGCUCAAAGGCUUCACGGAGGAAGCUGAAGAUCUUUAAGUAUAAAAUCAAAAAGACUCCUCUGCAAGAACUUCAGGUAUCCAGUAGGAGUGAAAGGAGCAAGAACAUCUGACUGUCAUUUGCAUAUGGAUACAGUAUAAUUCUCGCUUGGAGCCAGAGGUCAUAGAUUCAUACAAAACCAUGACAUGAUUCAAAUAUAUUCCUCCCAGGAACGUGUCAUUAGCAAAUUGUAAAAGGUAGUGAAAAAGCCCAAAAAAAGUUAACAAAGUGCAAUUAAUUGCUUCAAAUCAUUGAUUAACCACAUACUUUAUUAUGUAUUAUCUAACUAACAGCAACCAUAGUGUGUCAGAAUGUCGAAAACAUAUUUAACAUUUCCUAAGGCGGUUAUGCCAAAAAUAAUACCCAAAAAUAACUCUGCUGCAGUGAUCUGAUGCUCUAAUGGAAGUGAUUUAUAAUAACCUUCUGCCCCCCUUCCCCCCGUCCCCCCAGUGUUCUUGGCUGUCACCUAAAUAAUAUUCCCAGAUACAUAUAAGCUAAUAUUAUAUAGCUCUUAAAUGUUUCUAAAAACAAUAAAAUUGCAGCAGCUUUGGGACUGUUA